AAUUUAUUCAAUCAAUCAUUAAGAUUAACGAUUGAUAAAUAUCCACCAAAUUUUAUUCAAUAUAAUGAUUUUGAUAAUGGUUUAAAAUUAUUAUUUAAAUAUAAUGAUAAUUAUCAACAACAGAUGGCCUUGAUAAUAGUAUUUGCUAUUAUUAUGACCAUUAUUCGUAAACCAUUAUGGACAAAUUUUAUUCGGAAUAUUCUCAUAAAAAAUGGUUAUGUUUCAGCAAGAAAAGAACGAAAAUUUAUCGAAUCUGGUUGGGCAUUUUCAUUCUAUUCAUUAACAACUAUUAUCGCUUUUUAUAUUAUUCGAAAUAAUGAUUUUCUAAAUGAUCCAAGUCGUAUAUUUGCCGAUUUUCAAAUUGAACAACCAAUACCAUCAACAAUAAAAUAUUUAUAUUGGAUGGAAAUCGGUUUCUACAUACAUUCAAUAUAUGCUGUUUAUUUUAUUAAUUCAUGGAAAUAUGAUUCAUUGGUUAUGAUUAUACAUCAUGCUGUUACAUUAUUUUUAUUAUUAUUUUCUUAUUGGGCUAGAGUUUAUAAUGUUGGUGUUGUAGUAAUAUAUUUUCAUGAUAUCUGUGAUGUCAUACUUGAAGGAAGUAAAUGUUUAGUUUGUUUAAAAUUUUCAUUAAUCAAAUAUCUUGAAUCAAAAAUACGUAUUAUUAAUCUAAUUUGGUUUAUUGUUGCAUGGUUUUAUUAUCGUAUUUAUCUAUUUCCAAUGAUUGCACUAAUGGAAUCGAUAAAAUUUAUCAAUACAACACUUACAAAUGAUUUAUUAACAUUUGUAUAUGGUCUUUUUAUAUUCUUAUGGAUUAUUUAUUGUAUGGAUAUAUUCUGGGCUGUGCUAAUCAUCAAUUUAAUCAUCAAUAGUGUAUGGCGUAAAAAUCGUAUAAUAGAUGAUCCACGUGAUUCUGAUGGUGAAGAUGAUGAUGAUGAAAUGGUGGAUAAUAAUUCAAAUAAAAAUAAAAAAGAUUAAUUAUAAUCAUAUUUAUAUAUUUUAAAGUAUUAAUUAAUGAUAAU